CGAGAAGAUCAAGAUCAAAUGUAAACACACGGAUGGCAAGAGAGGCGCUGGCAAUCCUUCAGUCCCUCGCGUUGUGAUGUUCCUUAUCUACUGGUGUGAAUUAUAAACAUGAACAUGAAGAAAACAGGCAGCAAUUUUGGCGGUCGAGAAGAAGAACCUGACGAAAUUUUGUACCAGGUGGUGGAGGAUGCCUCCUGCUACACUGUCAUGAAGAUGCCAGGCUCCCUUCAGCCAUCCCACCUGUUUCCUCCUUUCUCUGGGGAACUUGUGCUUCUUACAGUUCCAGAUGCUAUGAAUCCACUUGAUCUGAUCAACUCUGAAGUGGUGGUUGGGGGACGGAAGGACAGUUUGGUGGUGGCUGCAGGACAGAGGUUUAGAAUGGCCACAUUCCCAAUAGAAUCAGACAAUAUUAACCUCCCCAGCCUUUUCCUUCCUGAUCAGAAUGGGCAACUAAGCAAAGUUACUGCUGAGAUCAAGGCUUGUUUGAUGGUGAAAGGAGAGGUGGAGGAGAGGGAAGAAGAUGGUAAAAACUGUGUGGAUAUUGAAGCUCUUCGUUCUGUCCACUAUAAAGCUCCAAAGGACUUGCAGAGACGGGAUUUCUUUACUAAAACCAAAACAAGGGAAGUGGUGAUGGAAAUAGAGAAACCAGUGAAAAGAAAGAAGAAAAAUGUUGGCAAUAUAUAUACUAGUUUAGAUACCUCACUACAAUCAAAUGGAAAGGUUCAGAGUCCUGGGAAAAAGAAGAAAACCAAGCAUUUCCCACAGAGUUCAAACAAGGCACCAGGAAAUUCACCUCAUGCUGAAGGAAUGGAAUACCCUGUGUAAAAGAUAAAGAAAGAAAAUUCAGAACCUAAUAGUGGAAAUAUAAACUCUUUAUCUUUAAAAGAAAAAAAAAGAGAGUAAAGAAAAACAAAAUGUAAAAACUUAAUUUAGAUAAUCAAUUUCUCUCCACACAGUAUAAAGACAAAAGGCCACAGCUUUUCAGUUGAAAUUAAAUCAUUGUUUUGCAUAUAAUUUCAGAUUUUUAAUGCACAUUAUGUGGCAUGCAAUACUGUGUAAUAUGCAUAUUUUAUGAUGUGCAUAUGUGGCAUGCAUAAAAAAAGUAAAUUUUAAUAAAAA